AUGGGUACACAAAUUCCGGUACGGAACUGUUCAUUUCCAGCACGGUACUCGUGUUCGACAGAUCGACUACAUUCCAGAGAUUUCCGGCUCGUCGAUAUCGGAAAAAUCGUGGAACACGAGGACAGCUGGGACCUGAGGGAGUUCGAAACCGCAGUUUCUCGUCAAAUCGAGAAAGGGAGGAUAAUUCUGAAGACCUCUUGGUACAGUGGCAUUCAGGAUAUAUUUCUCGUGAGGAAUAGGAAGGGUUUAGUGCCGAGUCCUCUGCACAAGGCACAGUUCAAACGGUUCUUCGGCUGCGUUGCUGCGAUAAUGGAGGCUCAGCUUCUCUCUCUGUGCGAAAAUAGUCUGGAAGAAUUCAUGAAUUUUCUCAUCAGCGACCAGCCUGCUAAAUGCGAAUUUCACGUGGACGUGGUAGUUAAAUCCGAGAGCCUAGAUUUUCAACCGUCCUUCGAGGAAUUCAAGGACGCGCUUUGCGGGAUUUUGGAUCGCAUAUGCGAAGCUGUUACAGAAUUCGAUACGUUGGAGACACAGCUUUACCUGGAUUGGUCGGGCUCGUUGGAUGUCCUAGAACCCAAAGUAGACCGUUCUAUGGUGGAGUCGCAGAAGCGAGAGAUAAUCGAUCUGAUAGAUCGCGAGAAGAUCGUUCCGGAGAGAAUACAGGCCUGGUUGGAAGAAUACGAAUAUUUGUACAACAACGACGAGUACCUUACGGUGAAGAGCUUCGCGAGCGACGAGAACCGAACGCUGGAGGAAUACGGCGGCAUGAUGGAGCGUUGUCGCUCGCUUAUGGCGGCUAUCCCGCUGAAAGUCGAGAGGACAGCGUUCACCGGCCUCUUCGAAGUGUCCCGAAAAAUGUUUAUCGAGACGGUCGUCGAUAACGUCGAUCGGAUACAAAAUCUUCUUAUCGAUGCCCUCGUCAACAAGUACCAGCUCAUUGCAGUCAGGCGAGUAUUUUAUUUCUCUUAA